AUGUCCCUUAACGGCUUAUGUCCCUUAACGGCUUAUGUCCCUCAACGGCUUGUUACAUCUGACAUCGUUCAGCCAUUAAUCCUUUCUUUGGCCACACUAGUCAUUAGUCGCUAUAACAUCAUGGCUUUGUGCAUGUCGUGUUAUGAAUUAUGUGUCGAUCUCGGCAAGGAUGAAAAAGCCAUGUCUGCGUUCAACGACUGGUUCACUGUCAGAAAUGAUCAAGAGCCAUACUCAGAUACAACCCCAAAGCUCGCUGGACUUGUACACUUUUCUUGGGAGUCUUUUUGCAACUCCCUCGAUCAAGAAUGUCCGGUUUGUUGGACUGCCUGGCGACAUUUGAGGUCCUCUCCGUCGGCUAUGUAUCGUGAGGAGGUGCAUCCUGGAUUCUAUAUCUGGGUUGGGGAUUGUCGGCGUGAAGGACGUAGGUUAGGUACGUGGGUGUUGCACUUCAAAUACACCUGGGAGAAGAAAGAAACUGGUUCCUACGUCGUGUCAAUUAAAAGGACGACAAAACAGCAUUUUGAUGCCGAGGCAGCUGGUUCUCCUUUGGAGGAUCACAUUGCUUCUGAUACAACCUUAAACACCAUCAAAGGCUGGAUUUCUCAAUGCCUGGACGGCCAUUCUAAAUGCCGAUUGCGGAAGCAGCAUACUCUAGACAAGAGCGUGCCAACACGGUUGGUCGAUGUGCACGACAGCCAAUCCAAGAUGUGGUCCUUAAUCGAAACGGGGGACCAUGACCAAGACUAUACAAAGUAUAUUGCAUUAUCACACCGGUGGCUAGAUCAUACACCUCAGCUGCUACAGAGUACUUACCCACAUCUACGGAAAGGCCAAUCUGACGACACUGUCCCCCCUAGCUAUCAAGACGUCUUUGUCCUCUGCCGCGCAUUAGGCGUCAGAUAUGUCUGGAUUGACUCGCUCUGUAUUUUGCAAGAUUCUGACGCGGAUUUCUACCGAGAAGCUGGGACAAUGGCGAAUGUCUACAUGAACGCCAUCUGCACCUUGAGCAUAUGCUGGGAGUCUCCUAACAGCGGUAUUUUUCGGCAUCGAAACGUUCGCACGAUUCCUCGAUACUCAGAAACCUACGUAGCCUCGCCUACGGAGCCGAAUAACUAUGCCUUUGUGCUUGACCAUUUUAUGUGGUCUCUUGCUGUGAGUCGGGCCCAGGUCAAUCGAAGAGGAUGGGUGUUUCAAGAACGGCUACUGUCGCGCAGGAUACUCUACCUGGGCAAUGAAGAGCUCUACUGGGAGUGUGAUCAGAUUCAGGCCUGCGAAACAGCGCUUCAAAAGAUACCCUUUGGAUCCGAACAUCUUGGCCGCCUAAAUAUCGUUGGAUACGACGCAAAACAGGUCCACAGCCUCUGGAUGCGUCUUGUGGAGCGUUUUAUGAGGCUGGACUUGACGUUUGAGAAGGACAGGCUUAUUGCCAUCUCGGGAAUCGCCAGAUUCUUGUUCAGUCGGCCUGGCGAUGAGUACAUUGCGGGAAUACUCAGAAGUAAUUGGAUAGACCACCUGCUAUGGUGUCCUGCUCUUGGGUCUUCAAUAUCAGAGAAUCCCCGUGACGCCGUUGGUCCGGAACGGUUUGCGCGACGUCCCAUCGAGGCCAUUCCGUCGUGGUCAUGGGCGACGUGUCCGGGGCCUAUAGAUUGGAUAUUUCCACACUACAAUGGAGGCCCUACUGAAAUACCAGAGUUGCCGCGUAUCUGGCGGGCGGGGCGGAAUUGUCUGGCCUACCUUCGCGACUGCAGUUUCGUGCCCGUGGGAGACGACAUGUAUGGACUACCCAAAUCGGCGGCGCUGGACUUAUCCUGCCUCCUGAUACCAGCCCGAUUCAAGGAGUGUGAAAGCAAGGGAGAAGCUUGCAAAGAAAUCGAGGCAAUCGAAGUUAAUUCUGACCCGAACCCAGAGCAUGGAUACCUAGUAUCAGAUGGCUUCCUGCUUCCACUACCGUAUCCGAGGUCUCAUCGAAAUGGACCAGCAGUGAUUAAUAUCCCCUUAAGAAAUUGUAUCCCGUUCAUUCCGACUUGCUAUAUCCUACCCCUUACCGACUCGAAAUACCAUGGCUCCACAUUGAUGGGAGGCUUGAUCGUUCAGGAGCUAUCGCAGAGAUGCGCUGGCAGUGGUACGAGAGAGUUUGUGCGCAUAGGAAAUUAUUCUAUACGUCGAAAUCCCGAUGAGUCAGACACCGUGAGCUUUGGGAUCUACAGCGCUAUUGCGAAGGAAGUUCUUACUGGCGCCGCUGAUAGGGAUGAGGUUGUUGAGUUCAAGUCGAAGCUCGGUGAGUAUGCGCGAUGGAUGAGAGAAGAGAUUCCACUCAACAGGAAAACAAGGAAGGAUGUCACGGUGAAAGCUGAGUGGACAACGAUUCGUCUUACUUGA